GCCCCGUAGAGGCACUCGGGCCUUUAUAAGCUCUGCAGCACUGGCACGGCUAUGCUGAAGCCGCUUGAGAGUCAAGGGUGCCGGAGGAAGAAGAGCUUGGAUCUCCCUCUCACCCUUUGGGGGGACUGUUGGGGCCCCCCGAACACCCAUGAGUUUGCAGUAGGCCUCUGUCCAUCUCCUCGGCGUCAGCCAAGUCCGAGUCAGCCCAUGGAGAAGACGCACGGGAUAUUUGCGGAUGACUUCGGAGGCUUCCUGAGGCCACGCAGCGAGCCCUCGGCUUUCUCAGGUCGUGCUGGCAACAUGGGGAACAUUAAGACUCUGGGGGACACUUACCAGUUUGCUGUGGAUGUCAGUGACUUCUCUCCGGAAGACAUCGUCAUCACGACCUCGAAAAACCAGAUCGGCGUGCAUGCAGAGAAGCUGGCUGCUGACGGGACCCUCGUGAACACCUUCACCCACAAGUGCCAGCUGCCAGAAGACGUGGACCCCACUUCGGUCACCUCUGCGCUGGGAGUGGACGGCUCCCUCACCAUCAAGGCACGGAGGGGCCUGGCUAAGCAGCCGGACCACGGCCAGCAGCGGACCUUCCGGACUGAAAUUAAAAUCUGAGUGCCUCAGAGCACCGGGCGGGCGGGGGCGGGCGCACAGGGACUGGUGGGGAGGGGGGUGAAGGGAGAGGGCUGCCCUUGGAGUUCUCUUUGUAUAUAAUAGACUGCACCCAAUCUGUAUAAAUGCUUGGUGGCUCCUGGUCAGCUGCGCCCUUCCUGGGGCUGUGUUAGUUGCCCCUUCCCUCCCCAGAGACCUUGAGGCUAGAGGGGCAGGGUGGCGGGGGGGGGGCAUGCGAAGCUUCACCCCACCUGUCCUGAAUGUGUGUGAACCUGGUUGACAGUGGCGGGGAGAUUCUGAGUGAAGGGAACGAGAGACGUUCAUCUCUUCAAGCGGUGGAGGGGGGGGAGGGGGAGGCAAGCCUCUACAGGAGGAAACAGAUUUUAGAGCUUGAUUUUCGAUGCUGGUGGGCUUUGGCUCCCUAGCCCCCACUCCCUCAGGCUGUGUGGUUGGAGAGCCUUUUUGGAGACCCAGAGAGACUGAGCAUAAAUCAGUAACUACAAUAAAAUUAAUUAACACAGACACUCCCUCCGCACACACCCUUCCCUGCUCUUUGGCCAGCUCCCCCAAAAGCCCUGGCCCCUGGGGCUACAGCAAGGCUCCCUCAGUUCCUGCAGAGGCAGGGGAGGGGCAGACCGGCAGGUCCAGAGCGUGUGGCUCUGGUGAAGAGGGCUUCUUCAUCAUUCUCCCUGCCCUCUCCUCCUGAACUUUGUGGCCUGAUUUUGGGGGGGGGGGGGGACCAAGUAGCCCUUGUCCUUGUAGGGCCUGCCCAGCUGGCAGACGGCCACUGGCAGUGGAGGGAAUGAGUCAGCUACCUGGAAAUAGACAAGCCUCUCUAAAGCUCUGUGCCAGGGAGGUCACGCGGGCAGUCCUGCUUUUCCCACGGAGGCAAGAGGGGGACACACGUAGGGCACAUCCAGUUUGCCCUCUCCAAAUCAGGGGAAUCUUUCCACUCCCUUAGCAAACCCCCCCCCCCGUGCUUUUGUGUGUGUGACAAGACCACCCACCCGCCACAUCUGGGGGCGCAAACAGUCCUGGGAAAUCUGGCCCAACUGGCACAUCCUUUGAGCCCUAGACUGACUCUCUGCAAGACAGACCAGCGCCUGCAUCAGAGGCAGAGGGCGGAGGAACCACGGAGAGGCGCCUGCGGGGAAGACAGUGGCCCAGCCCCUCCACCAAGCAAAAUGCUCCAGGGAAAGCUCACCAAACCCCCACGCAGAUGGUGUAAGAUCACCGGCUCAGCCGAGUGGGGUGGGCCUGAGGAUUCCUUCCCCCCAAAUGUGUCCAUUGCUCAGGACCUCCCCACCUCGAUCCCCCAUGGCGCUGUGGGACACCCAUGGCCACAGAGUGGCUCUGCGCAAGGAGCUUCAGCCUGCCUGGCUGCCUUCCGCUUGCAACAGCAAGAGUGGCUGUCCAGAGAGUGACCAACAGGGGACGGGCGAAAGGGCAGGCGAUGCUCUGGGACUCCAGGGCACACGUCAGCCCCUAAAUGCUCCAGCUCUGGGUGAUAUCAUGUGCCCAAGGACACGUUCAAAUUGAAAACUGUGUCCCUUCUGAUAGACAGACGUUUCUUGCCACGAAAAUUGGCCUCCAUACUGGAGGACUGGAAAACAGCAAAUGUUACACCAGUUUUUAAAGGGGGUAACCAGGAAAUACAAGUUAGGCAGCCUUACGUAUGUCCUAUAUAAACUAGUAGACACUUUUAUUAAAGACAACAUUAAGAGGCUGCAAUCCUAAGAACAUUUCCCUAGGAUUAAGCCACACUGACUAAAACGAGACUUACUUCUGAGUAGGACUGCUUAGGAUUGCUCCCUUGAGCACAUAAAAAACACAGCCUGCUGAGGGCACAGCAGCCUGGCUUCUGCAAAGAGGCGGCUGGCCUUCCCAGCCCUUUGGAGAUUUUUGAGCAGAUCAGUGGACAAGCGGACAAGGGUGAGCAGGCAGACAUUUUAUACUUUCGCUUCCAAAAUGCUUUUGACAAGGUCUCGCCCGCCCACCCACCCCGGCAAGAUGCCAGACUAAGUUCCAAACUGCACAUACUACAUUUUUGAACUAGUUAGAUUCCUAUUUCCCCGGACCCAACUUCCUUUCCCCACAAGAGCCCUAGCGAAACCUCCCCAGGGUCUGAUUCGGCUUGGAACUGCAGCCCAAGGCAAGGGUGGGUGGGUGUCGCCUUCCCUCCAAUGGUUUCAUGUGUCGAAACAGCCCUAGGGCACUAAUAGCACAGAGGUGUUUUGGCUCCAAGGAGAAGGCGGGAGCUCCUCCCGGCUGCCCCCACACCGUGUGCCUGAGCCGGAUUGGGGCCCCAAGGCCAUUCCAAAGGAAGCAGAGAGCGGGAAUAAAUGGACAGUUCUUGCAGUGGAGAAGAGGGAGAAGCACGGGCCCACAAAGAUCGGUGUUGGGGCCAAGGUUAUUUAAGUUGUUCAUAAAUGAUCUGGAACUGGGGUGAGCAGUAUAGUGGCCAAGUUUCAGAUUACAAGAAAUUCAGGCAGUCUGUGAAGAGAUUUAGGAGGACCGUCACAAAUUGGGUGAGUGGCAACAACAUGCUAAGUGAAGUUCAAUGUAGGCAAGUGUAAGAUGAUACACACUGGAACAAAUAAUCCCAACGUGAUGUGUGUGCUGAGGGGGUUGGAACUUGCAGAGCUGAGAUGGAAAGGCCUUGGGCCUGUCAGGGCACAGCUCAAUGGAAGUAUCUGCCCAGUGUGUCACAGAGUGGCGAAGGUAAAAGAACUUGGUGCUGUUUCUUCCUAGGAAAGGAACUGAAAACAUCAUAGGGCCUUUAUCAUUUGGAAUAGUGGACAGGGAAGGCCUCUUUCUCCUUCUCCGGGCUGGCAGGGAGGAGAAGGCCAUCCUCGCCUACAGCCUGGGUGCAAGAGCGGCAUUCGUAAAGAGAAAGGGACUUCAGGCCUUACUGCUAUGGACAGUCCGUUUCUUUACGAACGAUUCUUCUGGGCAGUUAUGCUCUGUUCCAGCAUUUCUUCAUCUCUGUAUUGGAUUUCUGUUGGUUUUAAAUCUUUGCAAAUUUUCAUUAUGUAUCCUGUUACGUUGCUUAUUGAACACUGAAAUGUCCUUUAAAUUGACUCUACUAAUUCUCACUGUGUAAUUCGCCUUGAGUCUCAGUGAGAAAGGCAGACUGUAAGUAACAAAAACAAAUAAACGAGGCCUGCGACUGAAUCCCUUCGGGGCAAAUUGA